AUGGCGUUCGGCAAGCUUUUCGCGUACCAGGGCAACCCCCGCACCACUGCCAUCCUCGUUGUGGCCAAGGCCAACGGCGUCGAGCUCGACCUCGUUGAGUCCGAUGGCUCCAAGCCCACCGAGGAGCACCUCAAGGCCAACCCCCUCGGCAAGAUCCCCGCCUUCCUUGGUGAGGAUGGCUACGCCCUCUCUGAGGCCAUUGCUGUCGCCAUCUACAUCACCUCCCAGAACGAGAAGACCACUCUCCUCGGCAAGACCAAGCAGGACUACGCUUCCAUCCUGAGGUGGAUGUCCUUCGUCAACUCCGAGGUCCUCCCUCCUCUGGGUGGCUGGUUCCGCCCUCUUCUCGGAAGGGACCCCUACAACAAGAAGGCUGUUGAGGACUCCUCCAAGGUUGCUCUCAAGGCCGUUGGUGCCAUUGAGAAGCACCUCCAGAACAACACCUACCUUGUUGGCGAGCGCAUCACCCUCGCCGAUAUCUUCGCUGCCAGCAUCAUCUCGCGCGGUUUCGAGUUCUUCUUCGACAAGGAGUGGCGCUCGCAGAACCCCAACACCUACCGUUGGUUCGACACCAUUGUCAACCAGGACAUCUACACCGCCGUCGCUGGCAAGCAGGAGUACCUCGAGAAGCCCAAGCUGACCAACGUCGCCCCCAAGAAGGCCGAGGCUCCCAAGCCCGCCGCCCCCAAGCCCGCCCCCGCUGCCGCUCCUGCUGCCGAGGACGAGCCCGCCCCUAAGCCCAAGCACCCUCUUGAGGCCCUCCCCCGCGCCACCGUCCCCAUCGACGAGUGGAAGCGCCAGUACUCCAACCUCGAGACCCCCGAGGCCCUGAAGUGGUUCUGGGAGAACAUUCCCUUCGAGGAGUACUCUCUGUGGAAGGUCGACUACAAGUACAACGAUGAGCUCACCAUGACUUUCAUGUCUGCCAACCUCAUUGGCGGCUUCAACGCCCGUCUUGAGGGUUCGCGCAAGUACCUUUUCGGCUGCGCCUCCGUCUACGGCGAGACCAACGCCUCGGUCAUCCAGGGUGCUUUUGUCGUCCGCGGCCAGGAGUUCAAGCCCGUCUUCGACGUCGCUCCCGAUUACGAGAGCUACGAGUUCACCAAGCUUGACCCCACCAAGCCCGAGGACAAGGAGUUCGUCGAGAACAUGUGGUCCUGGGAGAAGGGUGUCACCGUUGACGGCAAGGAGUACCCCCACGCCGCCGGCAAGGUCCUGAAAUAA